AUGCUAGCAAAGAAAUCAGUAGUAUCCACACUUCUUCUGUCAUUAAACUGCAAGUUGUACAAAUAUGUAGAAUGGAUGGAGACGGAUGUGGAGGAAGUAAUGCCACACUGCUCGUCCAGCUCCAUAUUCGAAUGCACAAGCCACAUGUGGUGGGAUGUCAAUGAAGUGACAACAUUUGCAAUUCGUUUGUUGCUUCAUUUUGAGGCAACAAAGAUGGCAAAGAAGACAAACUGCUUUUUUUGUGGUAUGAAAGAAGAAUUCAGCAAUUACACCUCAUUUUCUCAAAAAUAG